CGCCUACCCUUUCGCACCCUCUGGGCGCCAAAGUGGCGAGGGCCAACGCCACCCUCAUCGAGCAACUAGGGCUUCCGGGGAGGAGGGGAGGGGCGGGGACAGUAGAAGGAAAUGACGUCAGAGAGAACGCUUCUUCACCAGCGCCGCCGAGCCGCUCUCUGAUUCGCUAGCUGCAGUUUAGUCCCGCCUCCAGCGUGUGUCGUCCGCGGCAGGGAGGGAGAGCAGGGCGGGGCUCUGCCUACCCCGUAGGGCGCCUACGUUUGACGUAUUUGGGGUCGGUCUCUGAUUUCCUGUGAAGAGAGUUUACAAAAAAUAGAGAGUGGUAUGUGGCCUGUGAAGGGCCGGAAGACGAAUUGUGGUUCUGCCACGUGGUGGCUGGAGACUGGGGGCAAGUUGGCUGGAGACUGGGGGCAAGUCUCUGCCUCUUGAGAGCUACCUUGCCUCGUUUCUCCGACGAGGUGUGGACGGGGCUGAGCGCUCUGACCUGUGCGGACAGCCGGGGGCAGUUGCUGCAGGUGCUGCGUCCCCAAGAGGUGGUGAGCUGAGGACCGUUUGAAGAAGGCUGAGGUGUUACUUGAUUUCACUGAAACAUUUUAGAGGUAUCAAAUAAUGUCAUCUGAAAUGUUGCCAGUAUUUAUUGAGCCUUACAAGGUUGAAAGGAAGCAAGGUUUAAGGGAAGAUCAAGAGGAGAGCCAAAAGCCAAGAUUAAAUGAAGAGUUUGAACCAAUAUCUAAAAGACAAAUGAAGAAGCUAAUGAAACAGAAACAAUGGGAAGAGCAACGAGAACUCCGCAAACAAAAGCGGAAGGAAAAACGCAAAAGAAAGCAAUUGGAGCGACAGUGUCAAUUGGAAUCAAACUCAGAUGGAAAUGACAGGAAACGUAUUCGAAGAGAUGUUGUCCAUAGCACACUUCGCCUUAUCAUUGAUUGCAGUUUUGACAGCUUGAUGGUAUUAAAGGACAUUAAGAAACUUCACAAGCAGAUUCAACGAUGCUAUGCAGAAAACCGACGAGCACUGCAUCCUGUGCAGUUUUACUUGACAAGCCAUGGAGGGCAGUUGAAAAAGAACAUGGAUGAGAAUGACAAAGGAUGGGUCAACUGGAAGGAUAUCCACAUCAAACCAGAGCACUAUAGUGAAUUCAUUAAAAAAGAAGACCUGAUCUACCUUACAUCAGAUUCACCUACGGUACUGAAGGAAUUAGAUGAGUCAAAGGCCUAUGUGAUUGGAGGAUUAGUAGAUCACAACCAUCACAAGGGACUCACAUAUAAACAAGCAUCAGAUCAUGGAAUUGAUCAUGCACAGCUUCCCCUUGGAAAUUUUGUGAAGAUGAAUAGUAGAAGAGUUUUGGCAGUUAAUCAUGUAUUUGAGAUUAUUCUGGAAUACCUGGAAACAAGAGACUGGCAAGAAGCAUUUUUCACUAUAUUACCUCAACGGAAAGGAGCUGUUCCCACAGACAAAACCCGUGAAAGUUCUUUGAAUGACAAGACGUAUGCCAGAGUUGAAGGUAUUUUGGACAGUGAUUCCAGUGACGAGGAAGAUAGCAGAAAUGAGCUAGAUUCACCACAUGAAGAAGAAAAGCAGGAUAUAGAAAAUAGCACUGAGUCUACAGUGAACGCUGUACCAUACUAAUGUCAUCUGGUUUUGUUUUCUUUUUUAAUUUAAGGAAAAGUUCGGUAGAAAAUGAGCUGCUUCAUAGACUGUCUGAAUUGGAAGAAAAUUUCAUUUUCUUAUUUCUGCUGUUUUUAAAGCUUUUUUUAGAGCUAAGUGAUAAAUAAGCCAUAUAAGAAAGCAUUUUUGGUUUGCAUGAGAUUUAAAUGUGUAAUUUUAAAAAGAGUUUUCUAAGCCUCAAAUAAGAGUUUCUUGAGAAUAUUCCUUUAUUGGUAAACCUUCAUUCUCUUUUAUUUUCUGGAUUGUAUUCUUCAGAAUGUACCUUCUGACAUUUUAAUUUUAGUAUUUAUAUCACCUUUUAUAUGUCUUAUGUCUUUCUGACACAUUGUGUACUCUUUUUUGUGGAGGCAGAUAAUCACAAGUCUCCUUUAAGUCUACCAAAAUGUUCUGUAUGAGAGGUAACCUUCUGUUUGCAGCUUUUAUAUUCAAUUUAGUUUUUUCAAAGGAAUAUAGUGAUUUUUGGAAGAAGUAUCAGAUUAAUAAACUCAACAAUUUGUUUUUUUUGGACUAUGGAGCCUGUUUCCGUUCUCCUUUGUGAUGCUUUCAUGUGGUUCUAAAGCAACCACUGAAGAGUUAACCAUCUUUUUAAUAUGUAUGUCUUAAUUCCAGUAAUGGUGGUACAUUAUUUCAAUUAAAAAUUUAAUUUUUCAGGCUAGAUUAUUUUAAAAGGCUACUGAGGGAUCUAUUUUGUCUUUACCUAAAUUUAAAAAGAAGCAGCUUUUAGCAGUUGUCUUUUCCUUCCAUAUAUACUUAAGUAAAAUGUCUGUUGAUUUUUAAAGUGAAUGGAACUAACUAUAUAUAUUUAUCUGUCUAUACUAUCAUAUAAUAAUAUUCAAGCUAAUAUAAAUGUAUGUUUCUAAAUAAUAUAAACAUGUAUGAAAAUAUGCAUAUAAUUGUAUAGUUUGUCCAUAUAUAUGAUCCUCAGUUAUUAAUAAUAGGAUGAAAUUGGCAUGCAUCAGUAGCAUUUAUGUGAAGGUUAUGUUGAACGCUAAGGAGUUUGAAUUUCAUAAAGUACAAAUAUCCAUAACUAAACAUUUGUUUGAGGAUAUUAGCAAGAGAAGAGGGGCCUAACGAGAUGUUUUAGCUUCCAACAGUAAAUGUAGACCAGUUAGGUUCCAAGUGGUUGUUCUUUGCCAUAGCUCAAGUUAAGAUUUCAGAAUCCUUCACGGAGUUUAGAUAAAUUAAGUUGCUGUUUUUACUCCCUGGCAUCUGAAAUUAUAUACACAUUUGAUAGAAAGGUCACUGUACUUAGUACUAAUGUCGCUGUCUUUUUUUUUACUGCUUUAUUCUGUGAUCCAUUUAAAGUAAGGUAUGUGAAUAAAGGUACGUAAAUAAAGAAAAUCCCCUACAAUUCUGGAAGAAGAAAACUUAUGAUAUCUUAAGUUGUAGUUUUCAAAGCUUCAGUUUUUUCCUAAGUAUGGUUUAGUAGCAUGAAAUAUUGUGCCCUUUACUUAAAUUGUUCCAUAUGGAAUAAGGCAUAGUUUAAUUUUGGAAAGGUGGAGAAAAUCAUUAUAGGCACUAUUUAGUUUAAUUUUCACUAAUUACAAAAGCCCUUUAUCAGUUUCCUAGGUCUGCCAUAACAAAUCACUACAAACUGGGUGGCUUAAAACAACAGAAAUUUAUUCUCUUACAGUUCUGAAGGCUAAAAAUCCAGCACCAAGAUGGUGUUAAGAGCAUGCUCCCUUUGAAGGCUAUAGGGAGGAGUCUUUCCUAGCCUCGUCCUAACUUCUGGUGGUUGCCAGCAAUCCUGAUGUUUCUUGGCUUGCAGCUGCAUCACUCCAGCCUCUGCUUUGUGUCACAUGGCCUCUACCUCUGUCUGCCAUGCCUGUUCCUAUGUCCCUCUUCUAAGGAUUUCAGUCAUUGGGUUAGAGUUAGCCUUAAUCCAGUACUUUAAGUACAUCUACAAAGACCCUAUUUCUAAAUAAGGUCACAGCCAUAGGUACCAGAUACUAGGACCUGAACAUAUCUUUUUGGUGAACACAACUCUAUCUACUGCAAGUCUUAUUUAGGCUGUUGAUGAUGAGGUAUAGAACCUGUACCUCAAGAAGGUGAAUAUUACAAUUAGAAAUAACUAAUUUCUGAGGUAUUAAAUUUUUUUUUAAUAAUAGUAAUUUUUUUCUUGUUUUAAUAUAUUCUUUUCUCAACAUUGUUUUGGUUUAUUGAGACACUUUAUUAAAAAACUUAAAAACAACCAUAAAAAAACAAGGAUGGCAGGGAUUAGAAUAAUGACUACAAUGGCCUAUAAUGCUUAUUAAACUUUGAUCUCAAUCAUUAUGGAAGUGUUUAUCUUUGUUUUCCUAGCUCUUUGCCAGACACAUACAGUAGGCACUUAAACGUGAAGGAGAGAACCAGUGGCAUAAUCAAGUGAUAAUACAGUUAGUAGAAAGAACAGGCUUCAGUUUUAGCACUGUCAUUUGCUAGUUGGAUGACUUUGGACAACUUACUAACUUCUGUAAGUCUCAGUGUCUCAUUGGUAAAAAUGCGAAUGUUAUCCCAUUUAUCCUAUCUCUAAGGGUUGAGCAAUCAAUUGGUUUGAAACCAAGCAGAGGCUAACUUGAUACUUUCUCAUAUUGACAUUUAUUUUUUGCCCCAUUUUCCUUGUUUCUCACUCUUCCUUUUUGACACUGUCUCCCUAAAAAGUAAUAAUAUAUAUGCCUUUGUUUCAGACUCUGCUUCCUGAGGUUUAGAUAAGAUUUUUUAAGUGCAAACUUCCUAAUUUACCAGAAUGAAUACUUAUUAAACAAAAUAUGGAAAUCAGAUCAUUUAGUGAAACAUUUCAAAAAGCAAUAAAACAAUGCUAAGAUAAAAUGACAACUACAUAAAACCUCUUUGUCCUAUCAACAAAUACAGUCUAAAAUGACUCAAAUUGGAUUUUUUAAAAAACCCCAAACCUAAAUAUAUGCUGUAUUUAAAUAAAAUUAUUCAGCAAUGUUGAAAAUAAAAGAAGAGUGAAAAGCGUAUUGGACUAUUAAUAGAUACAGAAGUCAUAAUUUUAACAUUGGGUACAGUUCAUCACUGCAAUUAAAGAAAAGAAGGGGAUGUUGUAAUGCUCAAGAAUGUCCCUAGUGCGAAGAUCUACACAGAUCUAUGCACCAAGUAGCAUAGUAUUCAAAUUCUUUGAGAAAAAAACUUUAAGAAUUACAUGAAAAUGUAAGACAUGCAUUAGUAUAAGAAGAGUUUAAUUCAUCCUUCCCACCUGUGAUAAGUGGACAAAAAACAGGAGAUGUAAAUGCUAUAAUAAGGUAGGUAUAAUUGACAUAUCAAAUUCUGCAGGUUGAAAGCAUUUAUAAAGGUGACCAUAUGCUAAGCCCCAGAGCUAUCAAGAAAAUCAAAGGAUUGGUCCUUUUUAUAGAUCACAUCUGACCAAAAUGCAAUUAAGUUAUAAAUCAUUUAAAAAUAUAACAAGUUUGAAAAACAUCAUGUUUGGGAAUCUCAAAAAUAGCUUUUAAACAACUUAUGGGUCACAGAAGAAAACAAUGAAAAUCAGAAAAUAGAGGUAAAUUUAAUGAAACUUUUAAAACUUGUAGACUACUAAAGCAACAUUUAAAGGAAAAUUGACAACCUAAAUUGGUUAAGUUAGAAAAAGAAGGAAGACUGGCAUUAUUCAGCUAUGUGUGUAAUUUAACAAGUAAGAAAAAAAACAACUCAAAGUGAAGGAGGGAAAUAAAGAUAUCAGCAAUAAUAAAAGAUACAGAAAGAGGCUGAAGGCAAAAAUCCAUUCCUUGAAAAGACACAAUAGAUUAACGGCAAAAUUUAAAAUUUUUAAGAAAGAAGGCACAUGGAAAUGAACAGUGGAGUAUUAAAUUGGAAACAAAUGGUUAUUAUAAAAUACUUCAUAUCCUUGCACUUAAAAGUUCGUAUGAAGUUUUGUGAAAAAAAAAAUUACCAAUAACUCAAAAAAAAAAAAAACCCAAAGAAUCUUGUAACUCUAAGUAAAUUGAUUUAGUAUUUUAAAAUCUAGGACUAAAUGUUAUGUCUGUGAAGCAUAUCUGUGAAACAACCAAAAGCAAAUAAUAUUACACAGACUCUUUGUAGAGAACUAAAAAUGAGGUAAUACUGAUUAUGAAGCUUGUUAACUGUGUUGUUCAAGUCUUCUAUGCUUUCCCAUUAUUAUGAAGCUUGUUAACUGUGUUGUUCAAGUCUUCUAUGCUUUCCCAU